UCCCUCUCUCUCUCUCUCUCUCUCUCUCUCAAAUUUGAAUUCUCUCUUCUCCGCACUUCGCGAAAAUCUUCGCCUUGAAAAUCACCACAGCUCUCCGUUCCUCGAUUGGAUCCGUAACAAGGGGCUUUUCUGGGGUUUCCGCUCCGUUAGCCGGAGGAGAUGGAGGGCGGCACGGAGUGCGUCAGGGUCGCCGUCAACAUACGACCGUUAAUCACGCCGGAGCUUCUUAACGGAUGCACCGAUUGCAUCACAGUUUCUCCCAGUGAGCCACAGGUGCAUAUAGGGUCACACACGUUUACGUAUGAUUUCGUCUUUGGCAGUGGUGGCUACCCUUCUAUGGAGAUUUAUGAUCACUGUGUUGCUCCACUUGUGGACGCUUUAUUCAAAGGAUACAAUGCCACCGUUCUUGCUUACGGCCAGACUGGUUCAGGCAAAACGUAUACAAUGGGUACUAAUUACGGUGGAGAUGGAGCAAACGGUGGCAUUAUACCACGAGUGAUGGAAGAUAUAUUUACAAAAGCGGAAGCAACCAAAGACUCAACCGAACUUCUCAUACGUGUGUCUUUUAUUGAGAUUUUUAAGGAAGACGUUUUCGAUUUGCUUGACUCGAACUCACCGCCCCUCCUAAGAAACGAUGGUGGGGUUCAUCCCAAGAACGUUGCCCUCUCUAGAGCUCCUAUUCAGAUAAGAGAAACUGCCAGUGGAGGAAUCACUUUGGCUGGCGUUACAGAGGCAGAGGUGAAGACAAAGGAGGAAAUGGGUUCGUAUCUAGCGAAAGGCUCUCUUUGCCGUGCUACUGCCUGCACAAACAUGAAUAGCCAAUCAAGUCGGUCCCAUGCAAUCUUCACGAUCACUCUUGAACAGAAGAAAGUUUCCAGUUAUUUGGGAACGACUGAAGUUGGUGGUGAAGAUAUACUAUGUGCAAAACUUCAUUUGGUUGAUCUAGCUGGAUCAGAGCGUGCAAAAAGAACAGGAGCCGAUGGAAUGCGCUUGAAAGAAGGCAUUCACAUCAACAAAGGUUUAUUGGCGCUAGGAAAUGUAAUCAGUGCAUUAGGAGAUGAGAGAAAGAGAAAGGAAGGAGGCCAUGUUCCUUACCGUGACAGCAAGCUAACACGUUUGCUUCAGGAUUCUCUUGGUGGAAAUAGUAAAACGGUGAUGAUUGCAUGUGUGAGUCCAGCUGAUACAAAUGCUGAGGAGACCCUAAAUACUUUGAAAUAUGCAAACCGUGCACGUAACAUACAAAACAAAGCAGUGAUCAAUCGAGACCCAGGAGCCGCACAGAUACAGAAAAUGCGGAGUCAAAUCGAGCAGCUGCAGACAGAACUCCUGUUCUAUCGAGGUGACAGUGGUGCUUUUGAUGAGCUCCAGAUGCUCAAGCAGAAAAUAUCGCUGCUUGAGGCAAGCAACUGUGAGCUACAAAAUGAGCUUAAAGAACGGAGAGUUACCUGUGAGCAUUUAUCAAAGCGUGCUUAUGAUGCUCAGGUUGAAAAGGACAAGCUUAUAUUGACAAUUGAAUCUGUACGCAGUGGUAAAUCCUUGGAUGAGAUUGAAACAAGCCAAAAUGAGGAUGCUGGUUUGAUCAACAACUAUGUUUCAAAAAUUCAAGAGUUAGAAAGAGAGCUGCUACACUUCAAAAACUUGAAUCCCACUAAUUGCCAGUAUACUGAUUCUAUUGAUCCCUUUGACGAUGGGCCCCGCUCAAGUAACGUUUUGUUCCCCUCAUCUAACGAGUUGGCGGAUUGUGAAGACUCAGUGAUUGAUGUCAUAGAUGAAAGCGAGUUUCAAGAAAAAGAGCUUGAACAUUGCUCAGUUCAAGAAAAUUUGGACAUGGAGCUUAAAGAAUUGGAUAAGAGGCUUCAAGAAAAGGAGGCUGAAAUGAAGAGUCAUUCAAGUACUGGUACGUCUGUUCUCAAACAACAUUACGAGAAAAAGGUUCACGAGCUUGAACAGGAGAAAAGAGAGUUGCAGAGAGAAAUUGAAGGUUUGAGACAGAACCUUGCUAGUAUACCAUCUGUCCCAGGGGAUGGUGGUGCCCAGAAACUGAAGGAGUCGUAUCUUCAGAAACUGAACAUGCUUGAAACUCAGGUUUCUGAGUUGAAAAAGAAACAAGAUGGACAAGCUCAACUGUUGAGGCAAAGGCAAAAAAGUGACGACGCAGCAAGAAAACUGCAAGAAGAUAUACACAGAAUUAAGUCUCAGAAGGUGCAACUGCAGCAAAAAAUUAAGCAAGAAUCAGAACAAUUCAGGGCUUGGAAGGCUUCAAGAGAGAAGGAAGUCAUGCAGCUCAAAAAAGAGGAAAGGAGAAAUAAGUAUGAGAUGCACAAACUCGUCGCUUUGAAUCACAAACAGAAGCUGGUUUUACAAAGAAAGACAGAAGAAGCAUCUCAGGCUACUAAAAGACUCAAAGAGCUUUUAGAAACUCGAAAGGCAUCUUCGCGCGAGACAUUAAGUGCUGCAGGUGUUAAUGGUCCAGGAAAUCAGGCGCUGAUGCAAGCAAUCGAGCAUGAGAUUGAAGUCACUGUUCGUGUUCACGAAGUGCGUUCUGAAUACGAAAGGCAAACUGAGGAGAGAGCAAGAAUGGCGAAGGAAGUUGCAAUGCUAAGAGAAGAAAACGAGUUGCUCAAGAAUGCCAAGAUAAGCAGCGUUCAUGGUGAUACCAUGUCUCCUGGUGCAAGAAACUCAAGGAUUUUCGCUCUGGAGAAUAUGCUUGCGACCUCUUCAAGCACUCUCGUCUCCAUGGCAUCGCAACUAUCCGAAGCAGAGGAACGCGAGCGUGUGUUUGGUGGAAGAGGAAGGUGGAACCAAGUCCGAACAUUGGGUGACGCCAAGAAUAUCAUGAACUAUCUGUUCAAUUUGGCAUCAAGUGCAAGGUGUUUAGCUAGAGAUAAAGAUGUGAACUGCAGAGAAAAGGACGUCGUUAUAAGAGACCUGAAACAAAAAAUAGUUAAGUUUAGUAGUUUUGUUAGACAUUUGGAGUUCCAAAAAGAAGAACUCUUGGACCAGGUGAAGGCACAGGCCUCUGCAUUGGAGAAAUGGGCUGCACAGGAGAGUCUAGACAGGGAGCACGAGUUGAAAAAUCCUGAAGUUAGAAACUCGGUUCUGGUUCAUGAGGACAUGGACACAUGCUCGGAUUCUGGAGAGUCCGAGCAUGGAGGGGAUGAUCCUGAUUUUGACGACGAGUGGAAACCUGAGCAGGAAUCAGAGCGUGAUUCCGAACAAGAAUCAGUGAUCAAGCAGAACAGGAGACGGUACUCCAAACUGGGAAGAGGGAGCUCUAGCGUGAUGCUGAGGCGUUCAUUUGAAGAGAAGUUGGACACUGACGAGGAAGUGAAACCCAUGACACCGUUUGGUGUUUGUUGCACUUGUACGAGGAAGUCCUCUUGCAAGACGAUGAAGUGUCAGUGCCUAGCUGUAAACGGGUAUUGCGGUCCAUCAUGUGGAUGCUCUUCUGUCAAGUGUUCCAACAGAAACACAAGCGGAGAGCAGAACAUCUUCACCUCGGAAGAGGACAAAGAACACCAACAACAAGCUCUUGCUUCACGUGGAGCUUUGCUGCUUCGAACCGCUCUUGCUGACAAGUCAGUGCAUGAGACUAAUGAUAACGAAGGAGCCAAAGGAAGAAGAAAACCUCUGUCAGACAUAGGAAACACUACGGGUAAGUCCAAUGUGCCAAAGCCAAGCCAAAGAAAGACAUUGAAGAAGCCUGUCCUUCAGCUAGUUGUGGAUCCACCACCACCAACUUCAUCUCAGGAGGAAGCUCAUCCAGUGGUUUUGGAUGAAGCAAACGGUAUGAAACUGAAGCUACCGAGGGCGAUGACGUCAGUGUCUUCUAACGGCAGCAACUUGCUGAGGGAAAGAAAUGCCGACCAAAGUGUAGGAGAAUCAGUCGGUAAUAGUGAUAGGGCAAGUGGAAGGAUAACUUCAGAUGAAAAGGAGAACCACACUAGCCGGAUCUAACUAGGAAACAAGAGACGUUGCUUGAGGAACAAGGGAAUGUUAUCUUUAUUUUAGGUAUUUUGCUUAAGACCCACACAUUAUUUUCUCUCCACCUACUACACCAUAAAACACUGUCAAUAGGUUAUGUUACCUCUUUAAGCUGUCGUCUUCCCUAAUAUCUUCUGGUAUUAAACUAAUUUCUGAUGAAACAUAAACUUGAUAUGUAAUUCAAGAAAUUCUUGUAUUUGACCUACAUAGAUUUUGGUUCAGAGUUCUGAACAAAAGUAAU